AAAACAUUUUAAUCAGUUGUACCUGACGUGUCAUUGUACACCUAGGUGUUUUUGCCUUUUCUAUACUGCCAGUUUUUAAUUCUGAUAUCUAAAGAUGGCACGCUACUUCAAGGAAAAGGACAUAGAUGAAUUCAGGGAAUGUUUCUACCUAUUUGCUCGUUCCGGACAUAUAAAAUCUUUAGAUGAACUUACAGUAAUAAUGAGAAGCUUAGGCCUAUCCCCAACGAUCUCUGAAAUGACGGGAUAUUUAAAACAAAAGGGUGGGAAAAUGAGUUUUGCAGAUUUUCUAGAAGUAAUGCAUAUACACUCAAGAGUAGAAAACCUUCCGAAAGAAGUUGUGGAUGCAUUUACAGCAGCUGACACGGAGGGCAAAGGAGUCAUUCCGGCAAAGCAACUCCGACACCUACUUCAAAAUUGGGGUGAAUGUUUGUCAGUUAAAGAGGUGGACAGAAUUUUUCGUGAGGCAAACGUUGACAAUCAUAGUAUGGUACGAUAUGAAGAUUUUGUUAAGAUUGCUUGUGCCCCAGUUCCUGACUAUUAUUAAUUUAUUAAUUCAUUAUUGUGUAAUCAUAUCACAUUUUGCAGAAUGGUAUUUAAAUGUUACAUAUCGACUUACCUGUAUUUUUAAAAUUGUGGUGAAUUUAGUUUAUUACAUAAGAUUUAUUAUUGCAUGUAAGCACCAUUAUUUUAAUUGCACUAUUUCUUGAAAUAAAAAUUAUGUAAAAAUCAGAUUAAAUGUCAAAAAACA